AUGCAUCACUACAUCAGCAACACCCAAGGAGCCACGACGACACAGUACGCCUACGCUCCUCAACCUCCACCAUCGCCCCCCAUGGACGAAUCAACCAAGUGCUCCCUUCCCUCCAUCUCCAACCUCCUUGGCCUGGCAGACCAGGGCUCGCCCACGAGCGAGACACAUCCUCAAAACCAACAAGGUAAGGAUGGAGCAGCAACACCACUAGACAAACAGCACGUUCUGAUACCAUCCACUACAGUUCUCAAAGGAGAUGCCGUCUCUGCAAAGCCAGAAACGAGACCCAGCUCGUCUCACUAUGGGAACAGUCACUCCCAGGCUCGGGCUAACUUCCCACCCACGCCCCCCAUGAGCACCGAUGCUUCAUUCGACGGAUACAACUCGCCCUCAACUCGCUCGGUCAGCCAGAUGUCCGCCGUCUCAGCACCCCAUCCUCACAACUACUACUACGAGACAACACCGCCCCUGGAGGACGUCCACCACCAACACCAGCGCGCCAUGUCCCACACCCCGGCUGCCCGCCUUCCCAUCCAUCAGACGACGCCCUACCCGCCUCCGGCCUCGUCCCACUACCCCUCUGCUUCGGCAGCCGCCUCCUCCUACCUCCCUCCCCACCAUCAGCAACCGCACCACCACCACUCCGUCGGCCCGGUCCCCUUCUACCCUCCGCCCCAGGCUCAGAUCACCAGCCUCUACUACCAGAGGCCCCUGCCCGCGGCGUUCCCUCCCUCGGUGGCCCCGCCGACGAUGCUCGGCGGCCCCAACCCGUGGCAGCACCACCACUACAUUUCCCCCUCGGCUGCCGCCAGCUUCCCCCAGAGCCAGGACCGCUACGUCUGCCCGACGUGCAACAAGGCCUUCUCCCGCCCCAGCAGCCUCCGCAUCCACUCGCACUCCCACACCGGCGAGAAGCCCUUCAAGUGCCCGCACGGCGGCUGCGGCAAGGCCUUCAGCGUCCGCAGCAACAUGAAGCGCCACGAGCGCGGCUGCCACGGCGCGGCGCCCGUCUCCUGA